AUGCUUAAUGAUAGAUCGAUUUUUCUUAUUGACGGCGAUCAAAAAUAUUCUAGAGUUCUUUCUAAAGGUCUUCCACAAGGAUCCGUUUUGAGCCCCAUAUUGUAUAAUUUAUACACAUAUGAUCUAGACUUAAAUAUCGAUAGAAAGAUUGAGGUUUUGCAAUAUGCUGAUGAUUUAUUAUUAUAUGUAAAAAGUAAAAACAUUGAAUUAGCAUGUACAGAGUUAACGACAUCUCUUCAAUAUUUAAAAAAAUGGCUUGAUGAUCAUGGUCUAAUUUUGUCCCCAUCUAAAAGUUCAGUAGUUUUAUUCUCCCGUAUGCGAUCAACCACUCCAGUUCACGUUUUUUACGAUGAGACCAUUAUACCACAAAAACAAGAUUUUAAAUUUUUAGGCGUUAUUUUAGACAAUAAGCUUACAGGCAUCUCUCAUUGCAAUUUUAUCGCAAGUAAGUGUGAAAAAAUAAUUAACAUCAUAAGGUGUUUAGCAGGAAUUUGGUGGGGUGCCCAUCCUUUUUAUUUGAAAAUUGUGUAUAAUGCUCUCAUACGGAGUGUCAUGGAAUAUGGUUCAUUCUUAUUAGAACCGGGUCUUCUUUCUGGAUUUAAAAUGUUGAACAAAAUUCAAAAUAAAUGCUUAAGAAUAAUUUGUGGAGCAAUGAAGUCUAGCCCAAUUAACGCUUUACAAAUCGAGUGCUGCGAUCCCCCGUUACAAUUACGACGUCAGUAUUUGUCUGAUAAAUUUCUUUUUCGCCGUCUACAACUUACCAAUCAUCCCCUUAUUGAAAAACUUCAUCUUUUAGCUUCCUUUGUGUCGAAUUCACCGUACUGGACUCAUAAAUCCAAUCCAUAUUUAGUCAACAGCUAUUAUAAGUUCAAAUCUCUUUCUGCACCUUUACAUCAAUCUAACAUGCUACCUUUGUUUUCUUGUCCUUACGAAUCUCUCAUUCUAUCGCCACAAAUAUUGAAUAUGGGUAUAUCUAAGUCGGACUUUUUAAUAGCUAACGAAAAAUUUAAUACAAUUAUUAACAAAAAAUUUAAAAACUUCCACCUGAUAUUUACUGAUGCUUCAAAACAUGAUGCUAACGGUACUGUAGGUGUAGGAAUCAUUCACUGUCAGUAUAAUAUUGUACAGAAGGUAAAAUUCCCACCAGAAUCUUCUGUUUUUUCUGGAGAGUGCUUUGGUAUCUUCAAAGCCUUAGAAUAUAUAUUAUUAGCUAAGCUCAAUAACUCAAUAAUUUUUAGUGAUUCACUUAGUUCUUUACAAGCAUUAGAAAAGAACCCGUUUAAAAUUAAGCAGCACAAUCCUAUAGUAUUCGAUAUAAGAAAACUUCUAUCUAUAUGCUUAUCAAAAAAUUAUAAUAUUAAAUUUUCUUGGAUUCCUGGUCAUUCUGGAAUCCAAGGAAAUGUUAUUGCAGACGCUCUUGCUAAUGAAGCGAUUUCUUGUGGUGACCUUGUUCCGUAUAAGAUUUACUGCUCAGAUUUGUUAUCAAUACCUAAACUCGAUCUUGACACAUCUUGGAAAACGUUAUGGGAAAAAAGUAGUAAAGAAAAGGCUAGCUCGACGCGGCUCCAAUGCGAUGUGACGCGAGGGCUCCGACUACAUUCUCAUGCUCGCGUUCCCUCGCCUAACCUCGACGAGAGUGAAGAGCUAGCAUAA